AUGGCUCGUGGAGGCCAGCAGCACAACAAUAAUCGGUUUCAGGCAUUGACUCCACCUGCGUCUUCUAACACUAUGGACCAGCAGGAUCCGACGGCCAUGGACGGCACGAACAGUCUGUAUUUCCUUCAUAGCGAAGAUCAUCCUGGUCUCAUUUUGGUAUCCCAUCCUCUCACUGGCCCUAACUACAACACUUGGAACAGAGCUAUGUUCAUGGCUCUCAAUGCCAAACACAAGCUAGGUUUUGUUGAUGGGUCUAUUUCAAAACCAUCCGCUCAAGCACCUCCUGGCUGGAAUCUGGUCUCAUUGCAACAGCAUGAUUUGCACAAGAGAUUUCAUCAAAGCAAUGCGCCACGUAUUUUCCAAAUCAAGCAACAGCUACAAGGCCUAUGUCAAGCCUCUCUGGACAUCAAUACCUACUAUACACGCUUGAAGAUUCUCUGGGAUGAACUCAAGCACUACCAGCCCAUUCCGGUCUGCCAUUGUGGAGGUAUGAAAGCUUGGCUUGAUUAUCAACAACAAGAAUAUGUCAUGCAAUUUCUAAUGGGUUUGAAUGAGUCUUAUGGAACAAUCAGAGAACAGAUCUUGCUGAACGAUCCUCUGCCUUCCAUUUCGAAAGUGUUUAACCUUGUUGUUCAGGAAGAGAGACAACGUACAAUAGGUACCGGAUCCACUGGUCCAGCCAAUCCUCUAGCAUUUUAG